AUGGCCGAGGUGGCAUCUUGGAGCGACAUAUUCGACGGCGAGCUCUCAGACGUAGAUAGCAUCGCAUCUGUAAAACCCCCAGCGACAGUCUCAAGCAUUCACGAACAGGAAGACUCUCGCAAGGGAGUAGACCCACGACCCAAGAGGAGCACCAUUAAACAUUCCUAUGCAGAGAGUGAUACAAGUGAUGAUAACGACAUGCGCUACAAUCCAAUCACAGGUUCGAAAAGAAAGCGUGACGACACCCUGGUAGAGAACUCGCCCAAAAAGAGAGUCAAAGACCGUGGCAGGAGCUUCGGCGCUGGCGCAUUCCAACCCUCGAAAAUGCAUGGAGAAGAACGUCCGACUGCGUCUCAGACUCAAAUGACGUCCAGCCAACCCCUCCCCCUCACCCCUACUCCGUUGACUCCAUCAAAGGCAUUUGUGAGGCUAGAUCUGCAUGGUGUCGCAACAAGAUCGACCAAUAACAACGGAUACUGGUGGCCAGCACAGAAGGUUGAAUCUGGAAGGAUGGACGAGGUCACAUAUCGCUUAUAUGGGGAUGAUGGGAAUGGACCAUCCCGUCUUAUCACUUUGGCACAUUACUCAUUUCCUUACUUGCAACCCUUCUGGGUCAAGCCACCUAUACCUCGUUACACCGACGCAAAUUUCCAGUCCGGCGAAGCUGUGGACAAGAAAAAGUUCAAGGAUGCGGUGCGUGAGCUCAUCAGAGAUGAUGACGACGACGACGACGACGAAGUCGAAUCCCAAGACGACUUAAACGCUUCUGAGCCCGCCGGUAGUGACGAGGAGACAGACUCUAUUCCUGAUUGGUCCCCACCGUCUCCCUCGCCCUAUCUCGAAUAUGUUGGUCAAGCGGUCCUCUGCAAAGGUCGACCAGAGGCAAAGGAAUACUGGCCCGCGAAAGUGGCAGAAUAUAUCGCGCCAACGAAACCAUCGUCCAAACCACGUUUCAAGAUCGACUUUUUCGACUGGAGGUAUGACAAAGAUGAGGCUGAGUUUGCAGCCUGCAAGCUUGAUACUCGCAAGAUUGCUACGUGGAUAGAAAAGAACAGCCAUACUGCAGACGAGGAGGACGAACCUCUAGAUGUCGACUUGGCAUCGCUCCCUCCACCGGACGAUCCCCCUCCGAAACCCCGCGUGUUUCUCGAAGAAAUGGGCAUCGAAGAGCAAUUCGCCUACGUAAUACCAUUUCUGCAGAAAAUUCUCAAUGAAUCCUACCCUCCUUCCCAAGAGAGGAUCAAUCGUUGGAUGGAUCCUGCGACACGUCAAAUCAUCACCAACAACCCUGUUCAGGGUGGACACCUUGCAGAGGUUGAGUGGAACGUCUUUAGUCGCCUCGUCUACCAAUGGGCGCUACCAAAGAACAGCCACUCGAAUCGGCAAACGCGUCUCGAAGAACAAAAUCCACCACGCGCGCUUACUCUAGAUCGCCCUCGGGGAAGCGAACGAUACGAGAGUCUGCAACUCAACGACAAGACAUUGUUUGUUUGUGACGUGCUUGUUGGUGAGGCUGUUAUACAACUCCUACUCUUCCGUGCAGGCAAGCGAGCAAAACUGGAGCUUCUGAGCGACGAAGAGGAGCAAGAGCUUUACAAGUUGGGAGAAAGGCUCAGCAAUGAAGAGAGUACGUCGAUUCUCGUCCGUACAGUCCUCGAAGCUCGGGCUCGAAUCCGACAAAGGCGAGGUCUCAAAGUCGAGAACUUUGUUGUUACGGCUGAAGAGUCGACGAGUCGACGAAGAAGGAACGGACAAGCUGACAAGACUCCUGCGUAG